AUUACCCUAAUCAUGUGACCAAGACGUAGGACACGGAAAGAAAACAGGAAGCUGUGUAUAGUCACAAAGCGCAAAGCAACAGCGUGUUGAAUUUGCAGUGUAUAAGAUAUGGAUUUGUUAACGAAAUUUAGAUUUGUAAUAGCAUGCUUAUUUGCAGAAUAUGCUGUUACAUUUAUUCCCGUUGCUAACUGCUCGAUUUACCCAUCAGAGAUGAGUGGCGACAGUGCAUCAAAGCUGCCAUCAGCAGCAGCCAUCCCUGUAGCACAGGCGAGCACUUUGGGAUCCUUCUACUCUCUCAGUCUACAAUCUACAUUUCCAGAGGACUUGGAAGUGGACGAGUAUUGUGUCGAACUGCUCCGCGUCUACCGUCAACGCUACGUGACUUUCGCGAACUGCCUCGUGACUUAUGCACGACCUGUCAAAAUCUGUCAGAACUGUUACACUGGCUUUAACAGUCUGGAUGACAUUUAUAAAAACAUAUCAUCCGACCAACUUGGCCCUGGAAAUGUCACUUGCCAUGACAGCCUGAUGCGUUCUGAUAGGAUGAUGCUGCUCUUUACCCUCUACAACAAUUUACAAGAUAUCUGGACAUCCGCAAAGUGCAGUAAAUGUCUGACUGAACAUCAAGAGGCUCUUAUGAAUGAUACGGUUUACUUCAUGGCCACUCUGAAUCAGUCACUUUCCUGUUUUGAACAAUAUCAGAAGAACCACACUGAGCUGUGUAAAGACUGCAAAGCCUCAUACAAAAGGUUGAACGAGCUCUACGGCAGAAUGGAGAAAAACCAGACGCUCUGCAUUGAUUUAGAAGACGCAAUGAACAUGACACAGCAGCUGUGGAGUAAAACAUAUUAUUGCUUGUUACCUCGGGAGGAGACGGUGCCUGUCAUCGCAGUGUCCAGCUUCAUGCUCUUCCUCCCCGUCAUUUUUUACUUAAGCAGCUUCCUGCACUCAGAACAAAAGAAACGCAAGCUUAUACACCCCAAAAGAGCCAAGUCCAGCAGCAGCCUAAUGAAUAUCCAAGACAAAUUCAGCUGAGUGAGAUGAGGCGAGGUGGGGAUGAGAGGGCACUGAAUCUUUGCUUCACCUCUCCCACUAAACCAACAGGCACUUUCAGCACGGAUGGUACGGUUCAUAUCAUCUCCUGGACUCCAAGAUCAGUUGGAUCAAGGACUUUUUGAUGCUGUGAUCUCAUUCUAUUUAAAUCAGAUUUUUUUGCACUGUUUGUGAUUUGCACUAUUGAUUUAAAUAUGCCAAUUUUUUGCUUAGCUUAAAAAAGAGAGAUAAUUCUACUAGUGAUUUCAAUAAUUACAAUGGCUGUUAGUAUUAUAAUAUACUAUUUAAGGUAUGAAAGAGAUGCGGUCCCAAAAUAGGGAUAUUUAUCUUUAACAUUACACUAGUUAUGCUGCAUUUUUACUUCACUAAGAGACCAUGUUACAUUUUAUAUUCUCUAUUUUCCUAGGUAAUAACAAAUGCGCACACACUGUCUCUCUUACACACACACACUCACACUACAUGGCAGUGGUACCACUUCUGGAAGCACUCCAUGUGCAUUAGAGAAAGAUCUUGUAACAAAUACUUUAUUCAGGGUCAAAGGUUUAUGCAGUGAGUAGAUGAGAAAGUAAAGGAUGGAAGAGGCAACACGAAGCCUUUUUGCGGUCCAUGUGCCUGUUUACAUCACUUUUUGUUUUACACUGGAUUUACCAUAGUCUUCCCUUAUUGUGUGGUUAUAUACUAUACUGUCAGGUAUUUGAUGAACAAAGCAAUUAUUCUGAAAGAGACAGACGUGGAAUAGGAAAGCUUAAUUAACAGCGAUAUAUCAGAGAUAUCUUUAAUUUGCUGUAUUCAGAUGUUGACCAAUAGUUUUAAAUUCAAUAGCUUUCCUCAUACCUCUAUUGAAAUAUAGCCUUCCUUGGUGCGAUUGACAGGCUUGUUGUUUUCAGGGUUACGUGGACUUGAAUUGCAAAGCGCCUGUUUCCCCGGUCAUUAGCAGCUAAUCUAAAUGUAGGAUAAAGUUACUUGGCUGAUUAAUCGUAACAACACAUCGGUUUAAGCUGCAUUGGCUUUUUGGUCUUAUGGAGCCAAGCCAUUGCCUAUCACACUGCCUGUUAAGCGCAUUUCACUUGAUUUAUCCAAUCAUAUGAUCGUACAGAACGAUAUGGGGAAAAAUAGCCUUUUCAUUUGUGGCUCAUGAGUGCAAUGUCUAACAAGAAUGACAGCUUUCAUCCCUGCGGUGCCAGAUCCGUUGGUGAAAGUCAUUACUCCUGACCUGACUGCCAAAUGUAGCAACCAGGCGAAUUUUACGGCCACGUGUUCGAGGAAAUGACGCAAAAUCUGAAAUACCUUUUGAGAUGUAUGACCCGAGCCUUACUUUACCUGACAAGAACCUUAGAGAGGAUGAGGGGAAACUGGUGGGGGAUGUGAGAUUAUCCCUCAUCACGUUUUGCCCUGCUAAGAAUCAGAGCAGUGACUUUGGACCUUAAGCAGUGAGCCCAUUAUGAAAUAUCCCUGAGCCUGAAACUCAGCAGGGACUGAUCCAACAAACCUUUAAUGUAGCUGCUGUGUUGUUUAAAAGUUGCCAUUAGGAUUUUGGAUGCUCUGUCAUUAUAAAUUAAAUCAUGUUUAUGUGUUGAUUAAUGAUUGCUUUAGGCUCUUUUAGAAAAACUCACAUACUAACAAAAAGUCUAAUUGUAUUUUCAUGUUUUGUAUGGCUGUAGUUUUAUUACGAAUAAUAAAAAGAUAACUCAUUC